GCUUCAAUGUGCCGAUUCGUCCAUCUCUGGUAAAAACAACUCGCGCAAACAUGAUGAAUAAUCAGCACCUUGAAGAAAGCAAAAAGCGUCUUGCCGCUCGAGAGCGCGCAGAGCAACUCUUUCGCGAGCAACAAGAGCACGAAGAGCAAGAGAGGCGUGGAUGGACACGCAUUGCAGACCUGAUUGUAAUGCACCAUCAACCCAAAACCAAGACGAGAAAAGAACAUAAUGAACAGACGGGAGAAAAAGAAGAAAAGAGCAAAGCGAGAGAGAAAGCGAGACAAUUGUAUGAACAAGCUGAAGAACAAGAGCAAAGGAAAAAGAGUGUGAGACGGUUGGUUGGACGAGUGUGAAAUGUGUGUUCUGCAUUAUAGUGUAGGGAUGAAUUGCAGAAAAGUAACAUGUAAGAAUUCAAUAUGCAGUAAGCGUCUCUCGAUGGGGAGUGUGAGAAAAAAAACCAUUUUCUCUCCCUCUUGAGAGAUAUAUGUCAG